UUGCCUCCGGCCACGUGCGCACCAGGUGUUCGACAUUAUUCCCCUGAGGGAGUUCUGUUAUGUUCUUGGCCAGACGACCAUCUGGGUUGUCUAACAUCAGCAGGCUCUGCAUCCUCCACACCGUUUCCUGGAUACUUUCGUCGAGGCGGUCGCGAUUCAGCGCCGGCAGCGACAAUGCGACCGCGAAUCCAGUCGGCCGGCUGUCGGAGCUUUUCCGGCCGGUCCGGAUGGAGAUCAGCGGCGUCAUCUUGCGGGCACUGGAAUGCGGUACGUGUUCGGGGUCGGUGGAGCUGGAGAGGCUCGACGUCGAGCUGGACCCCUUUGUCAUCAACCUGGUGGUCCGGGGCCUGUCAGACUCGGAGACAGCGGUGCGGUUUUACCGGUGGGCGGAGUCACGCCCGGGGUUCGAUCAUAGCCAGUUCGCGAUAGCGUACAUUGUGAGCUUGCUGUUUAUGGAUGGCAAUUUUGCUAUGCUGUCGGAGUUCAUGGGGACAGUGAGGAGCCAGGGGGUGGCGUUGCAUCGGUCCCUGUAUCGGAUCCUUUUGUCGGGCUAUGUCCGAGCUGGCAAGUUCGACUUGGUCAUUGAGACAUUUGAUGAGAUGGUCAUGUCGGGUUGCCGUGAGUUUGGUGUCGAUUACAAUAGGUACAUAGGUGUUCUAAUUAAGAAUUGUUGUUUUGAUUUGGUGGAGAAAUACUAUGGCAUGGCGCUCGAGAAGGGUUUUUGCCUGACUCCGUUCACUUACUCGAGGUGGAUCUCUGCAUUGUGUCAGUCAAACAGGAUUGAGCUUGUACAGGAGCUUCUGGCUGACAUGGACAGAUUUGGGUGCUCUCCAGAUAUUUGGGCUUGUAAUAUAUACAUCGAUUGUUUGUGUAAACAGAACAGGUUACAUGAUGCACUGCAUAUGCUAGAGAAGAUGCGGGGGAAAGGAACCAGCCCAGAUAUUGUGACUUACACAACAGUUGUUGCCUGUUUAUGUAACAAUAAGAAGUUUGCAGACGCAGUUGGACUUUGGGAAGAAAUGGUGAAGAGGGGCCUUAAACCUGAUGUUGUAGCAUGUGGUUCACUGAUCUUUGGGCUGUGCAAGAAUAGCAAGGUAGAAGAGGCUUUUGAACUAGCAUCGAGGAUGUUAAGUCUGAACAUAGAUCUGAGUGUCUCAAUAUACAACGCCCUAAUAAGUGGCUUCUGGAGAGCUGGGGACAUUGAUAAAGCCUACAACCUCAUAUCCUUCAUGCGGACAAAUGGAUGUGAACCAGAUGUUGUUACAUAUAAUAUCCUUCUGAAUCAUUACUGCACUGUAGGUAUGAUUCAGAAAGCUGAAAAAUUGAUAACAAAGAUGGAAACAAGCGGUGUAAAUCCUGACCGGUACAGUUAUAAUCAGUUGUUAAAAGGACUCUGCAAGACUCAUCAACUGGAUAAGGCAUUUGCUUUUGUUUCCGAUCAUAUGGAAGUUGGUGGCUUCUGUGAUGUUGUAUCCUGUAAUAUACUGAUUGAUGCAUUUUGCAAGGCCAAAAAGGUGAAAUCUGCAUUAGAGCUGUUCAAGGAAAUGGGUUAUAAGGGAAUGCAAGCUGAUGCUGUGACAUAUGGAACUCUUAUCAAUGGUCUUUUCAGUGUAGGAUACCACAAUCUAGCUGAAGAACUUUUUGAGCAGAUGCUGAAGGCUCAGAUUGACCCUAAUGUUAAUCUGUACAAUAUUAUGCUUCAUCACCUGUGCAAGGUUGGUUAUCUAAAACGUGCUCAGAAAAUAUUCGCACAUAUGAUUCAGAAGGAAGUCUUACCUGACACUGUUACUUAUAACACACUCAUAUACUGGCUUGGAAAAAGGUCAAGAGCAAUUGAAGCCCUUGAUCUGUUCAAGGGUAUGAAGACAAGGGGGGUAGAGCCAGAUAGCUUGACAUUUAAGUAUUUGAUAAACGGUCUCCUGGACGAGGGGAAAUCUACACUAGCUUAUGAGGUAUGGGAAUAUAUGAUGGAGAAUGGUAUCAUUCUUGACAGAGAAGUUUCUGAAAGGUUGAUAACUGUGCUUAAAUCGAAGAACAAGUAACUGCCAAGUUCUUGGAGAGGUUUAUCCACUAGAGUUUUGCAUGGCUCUGCUGCCUCCGUGCAGCUACCUUCAGAGCUACUAUAGUUGAUUCUGAGCUCCUCGUGCAGUUGCGCUCAACUUUGCUGCACUCCUGGUAUGAAUGUACAUUAUCUGGACCAGACGUCCAGACCCAUGGCAGACAUGCGAAAUUAGCAGCAAUG